AUGUGCAAGACGUCUAUGUAAAUUUGCAUUCAAUGGCCUCUGUGUAUUUAUGUGCGCAAAAUAAAGCGAAAUAAUGAAAUACGAUAUAUCUAAAUAUUCUAUUUUCUAUAAUCUUUUGUGAAACACUCUUAGAUUUUUGUCAGAUCUUAAGAAAUUGGAAUAAACAUACUUUUCUCUAAAAUGUGUCAUGUAUUUGUAUGUUAAUGAUGUUACUUUCCUCAUAUUUCCUCCUCUGAUCAAGGAUAAAAAAGCUUUGCAUCAGGUUUGUCAUACGGUUCCAGGAAAGUCGUAUCUAUAAGAUAGUAAUUUAAUCAUUAAUUGUACGAAAGUAGCAACUGAACCUAAUUAAAAAUGGCAAACAUCGAUGAGGAUAUGUAUCUGGAGCAUAUCCCAGCAACAGUACAUAAAGAAUUGAUUUACGAAUUAAAUAAGAACUCAAAUUGGCAAGUGUUGGCGUGUUACGUAGCUGAACAGCUUGGAUACGAGUGGAAGUCAUGGCUACAAUCGUUGCAAGAGAAUAUCGAUGUCGCAAAAACACCAGCAGACAACUUGCUGUUCGAACUAAACGUAAAAAUGUGUACAGUUGGAAUAUUGUGUACUUUGCUUAGAGAUUGCGAACUUGGUGAUGUAUUAUCAGUUUUACAUCAUCCAGAGCCAUUAACGAUCGUCAAACAUCCAUCUGAUGGCAUGGAACGCGACACCUUAGAAAUAUCCCUCGGCGAACAUCUCAAUCUUUCUUGUAAAGCUAUCGGUAUACCAUCGCCAAGUUACAGAUGGUGUCAUAACGAUAGUGAGCUGCAGGAACAGCAAAGUCAUGAACUUGAUAUCAUUAUAAAUAGCUGUGAUCAAGCCGGGGAAUACAAGUGUAAACUCUUACAAGUCACCAAUGACGGAAACACGAUCUCUGCGACAAAACCGGUUUUUGUAAACGUAUCCCAUACACCUGUAGUUAUACAGCAGCAACCGCCUGCGUUUUUAGAGAUUAAAGAAGGUGAAGAAUUGACAAUUGGUUGUUUGGCUCAAAGCCAUCCCGAACCACAUUACCAGUGGUUCAGAGAUAAUACAAAGUUGGAAGGAGAAACGUCUAGUAUAUUACAUAUAAAACAAUUUAGCUCCAAAUUCGAAGGGAAAUAUUACUGUUACAUAACUAACGACGUAAAUGAAGUGAUUACACAAAGAAGUCAUGUAAUGAUGGUCCAUCCUCGUGAAAAGGCAAUUGCGAAAAUAGCUUUGAUCAUUGCGAACGAUGAUUAUGAGAAUCACAAACGUUUAGAAACACCGAGGAAUGAUGCUGCCAAAAUCGGUAAUCUGUUAAAGGAGAUAGGUUUUAAAGUGAUCUGCCUUGCGAACUUGUCGCUCGAACAGAUAAGGAAUGUAACAAAAAUAUUCAGUGGAGUUUUAACGGAAGGAGUCUACGGACUAUUUUAUUAUGCCGGGCAUGGUUUCAAGAUGCAAGAAAGCUAUAUACUCGCUGUCGAUGCACCGGAAUCUUACUUGAGAACAGAUGCGAUAUGCGAGAGCGAACUGCUAGCUGUAUUGCUACAAAAUGAUCCUGCGCUCUUGGUAACAAUAUUAGACAUGUGUCAAACUGUACCGCCAAAAGAAUGUAAUCCGGAUAUUCAUAACGAAGUGCCAAAAAUCAAAGAGUACAAGAGUAAGAAAAAUCUGCGAAAUUUAGUGCAGGCGUAUUCGACUUCCAGCCACCGUCCUAGUUAUGAAAGAACGAAUAGCAAGUACGGAUUGUAUGCAACGCAUCUUAGUAAAUAUAUCAAUAAAAAUAUACCAGUCACAAAAGUAUUUGAAGAAGUAGGAAAAUCAAUAGAUACCUUUUUAAAGGGGACGGAACGUAAUCAAAUUCCGAUGUACGCGUUAACCAUUACCAAGCCCUUCCGUCUCACUGACGCGAUUUACAAAAGAGAUCCAACACCUGCUCUAAGCCGUUUAAAUAAGUUAAUUGCCUUCUCGACAAAGUCUCUCGAGAUAAAUUUUAAACAGGCCGAUGUCUCGGCCAAAGCUGUAAUCUCGUUAUUCCAGGAACCUUAUUUAAAUAUAAUCAGGAUUUCAAUGUGUAAUUUGGACAAUUUGGAAGUAAACUUUUUUAACUCUGUACCGACACAACGAAAUAACUUGUUCCAAACUGCAAGUUCCAAGCAUGAAUGUUGGAUACAUAAUCCACAAAUGUGUCAGGGACCCUUGGUUGUAUCUGUCUCAAAAAAUGGAACUCCUAUUGGUGCAACAUUGCUGCACAUAAAAAAAAUAAUGAUUUACAAAAGUUACAAUCCAUGGCCCUCCAACAUUAUUUACAUACUUACGCACAAAUGUAUAAUGACAAACUACAUAAGUUAUGUCUUUCUGUAAUUCUGACAUGGACAUAUUCAUUGGUUUCUGUUUCACAUCGAGGUCUGGGAAGUAGUGACAAAUUAUUGAAAUUUCAAUGGAAUGUUCGUCACCUGUGGGAAAAGUAUACUUGUUACAUUUCUGUG